AUGGAAAAGCAGGUGAAUGCUAUUGCAAAAAGCUGUUACUACCAACUUCGGAAUAUUGGACGUAUUCGGCCGUUCAUCACUACGGAUGCAUGCAAGACACUGUUACAUUCACUUGUGGCUUCUCACCUGGACUAUGGGAACGCCCUUUUAUAUGGAAUCUCAGACUCGGCAACUAAGCGCCUGCAGAAAGUCCAGAAUACUGAUGGGCGUCUUGUUUCCAGUACUAGCAAACAUAACAUUACACCCGUGGUACAUUCCUUACAUUGGUUACCUGUGCAUUAUAGAUCACAGUACAAAAUUCUGAUGCACACCUACAAAGCACUCGAUGGAACAGCUCCUGGUUAUCUAUCAGAGUUCGUCACUCCCUACCAGCCUUCACGUUCAUUACGGUCAGAGGCUGAGUCCCUGCUAUGUGUGCCUAAGUCGUGUACUGUGACUUAUGGUGACCGAUGUUUUGGGAAGGUUGCAGCCACACUGUGGAGUAACCUACCAUCACAAACCAAAACCAGGAAAGCAACAACACUCGCCACUUUCAAAAAGGGUGUUAAGACCCAUCUGUUCAGGUGUGCUUUUUCUUAG